AUGACCCUGUCAGAGAAUCAACAAUUUGCCAUGGUUGAUUCAACAGAUAACAAAUUAAAUUAUCGUCAUGCAGCAUUUGAAGAAGAAAAUAAUGGACUAUUACCAAUGACUAAAAAUGAUUUAAAACCAAAAUCAAAUGUUACUACUACUAGAAGUGAUGAUAGUAAUGGAGUUGUUAAAAAAUCAUCACAUUUAGCACCAGAAGAUAGAAAAGCAUUUUUCAUAUUAGUUUUAUUAUAUAUUUUACAAGGAGUUCCUGUUGGAUUAGCAUUUGGAUCAAUUCCAUUUAUAUUAAAAUCAAAAUUAACAUAUUCUCAAGUUGGUAUUUUUUCAUUAGCUGCUUAUCCAUAUUCAUUAAAACUUGUAUGGUCACCAUUUGUUGAUAGUAUAUAUCUGAAAAAAUGGGGACGUAGAAGAUCAUGGAUUAUACCUAUUCAAACUUUAUCAGGAAUAAUGUUGAUAUUUUUAGGUGGAGUUAUUAAUAAAUAUAUUGAAGAACCAAAAAAUCAUUUAAUUUUAAUAACUACAGUAUUUUUCAUAUUAGUUUUAUGUUGUGCUACUCAAGAUAUUGCUGUUGAUGGAUGGGCAUUAACUUGUUUAUCACCAGAAAGUUUAAGUUAUGCAUCAACUGCACAAACUAUUGGAAUAAAUACUGGAUAUUUUUCAAGUUUUACAGUAUUUUUAGCAUUGAGUAGUCCUGAAUUUGCCAACAAAUAUUUAAGAGAAAUUCCAUUAGAUGUUGGAUUAUUUACAUUAGGUGGAUAUCUUCGAUUUUGGGGAUGGAUGUAUUUAUUAGUUACUGGAGUUUUAUUAUUUAUACCUGAAGAUCCUCCACAUUUAAUAAAUAUUAAUAGAGAUCGAUUAGUUAAAGAAAAAGGAUUAUAUAAUUCUACAAGAUGGCUGGAUUUAACUAAUGUUUACAGUUCAAUGUAUCAAGUUUUAAAAUUACCUAAUGUUCAAACAUUUGUUGUUAUUUUAUUAAUUGCAAAAUUAGGAUUUCAAGUAAAUGAAGCAGGUACUAAUUUAAAAUUAUUAGAAAAAGGUUUAUCAAAAGAAGAUUUAUCAAUAACUGUACUUAUUGAUUUUCCAUUUGAAAUGAUUUUUGGUUAUUAUGCUGGUAGAUGGUCAACUGGUAAAUCACCUUUAAAACCAUGGUUAUGGGGAUUUGCAGGUAGAUUACUUGCUGCUAUAUUAGCUCAAUUAAUUGUUUAUUAUUUCCCAAAAGAUGGUAAUGUUUCAAGUGGUUAUUUCUUGAUGAUUAUUUUACAACAUUUAUUAGGUUCAUUUAUGUCAACUAUUCAAUUUGUUUCUCUUUGUGCUUUUCAUACUAAAAUAGCUGAUCCUGCAAUUGGUGGUACUUAUAUGACAACUUUAAACACUUUAUCAAAUUAUGGAGGUACUUGGCCAAGAAUCUUUAUUUUUUAUUUGAUUGAUAAGAUUACUAUUAGUAGAUGUUAUACUGAUAAAGGAUUUUUUGAUAUUAUGAAUGAAGAAGCUAAAGAACAAUGUACUUAUUCAGGUGGUAAAGUUGAAAUAAUUAGAGAUGGUUAUUUCUAUACAAAUGCUAUUUGUAUCACAUUAGGUAUAAUUAUCUUGAUGUGGGUUAAAAGAAAAGCGGUAUAUCUUCAAAGUUUACCAAAUAGUGCAUGGAGAGUUAAAAAAUAG